UGUGUUUCUUCUUUCCAGGUGUGAAUAACAAAAAUAAUCAAGUGACUGCAUAACUAUAUUUGAAAAUAAAAACGCAAGCUUUAAAGGGUGCGUGAGUUUAAAUGACACCCGCAGUGUUACCAAAGUGACUCAGUAUUCUGCAACAUCACCACAGCAGUCUUGCUUCAAGAAACUGUUGCGCCUAUAUCAAGAGAAAGUCUGACUGAAGAGAGAAUAUUUCACGCAAUGUCAAGGUGCGACAAGAUGGGAACGAGCCGGUGACUCCACUUACCGCCACUCCCUCCCGUUUCUCGACGCCGAGAGGGAGGGAGUGGGGUAAUGCAGACCUACUUUCAAAGAAUUUCUUCGAAAAUCUUCCCUUUCAAACCCUGAAAGAGAUCAUCCCAACUGCGUGACGAACGCGUUCUACUACUUGGGAGCAUAAGCGGAUCGAUUCUCUUUUUUCCCCCGUGGACGAUUGAUUGAUUGAUUGUGCGACGAUCAAUCAUGGAGCAAUUUGACCAGUUGCUCACUUGCGCCAUUUGCUUGGAUCGCUACCGAAAUCCCAAACUUUUGCCCUGUCAGCAUUCCUUUUGUGCGGAUCCGUGUCUCGACGGACUCGUGGAUUACGUCAGACGACAGAUUAAGUGCCCGGAAUGCAGAGCCGAGCACCACAUCCCUUACCAGGGAGUCCAGCACUUCCCCACCAAUGUAACCCUCCAGCGAUUUUUGGAGCUCCAUGGAGACAUCACUGGGGAACUGCCAGACCCGACAGCAAACAUGCCUUUGGAAAGAUGUGGUGUGUGUUCAGAGAAGUCGUACUGCUCCCUGUGCAACCACUGUGAUAAGAAAGUGUGCAAUGAGUGCAAAGAAGCCCACUUGGACGUGCUCAAAAGAGAAAUCCAGAGGAUCAACAACCAGAUCAAGAGAGGGGUGAGCAGGCUGCAGGAUGCCAUGACCAGCAUCGAAAAGCAAGCAGGAAGUUUGCAAUCCAACUGCACCAACAUCAUAGAGGAAAUUGAUGACAUUUCCAAAAGGCUGCAAAGGGCCAUUCAAGACAAGACUGACACUCUGAGGAGAGAGGUGGAGAAGUACCUGUCCUCGGAGCAGCAGAACCUGGCCCUGCUCAAGGAGAACCUGGACACCGAGCUGUCCAACAUCAACAGCAACUCGGAGCUGGCCGACAAGCACUUCACCGAGGCGUCCGAGUGGGACGACGUGGAGUUGCUGGACGCCAAACUCAACUACCUCAAGACGGUCGAGUUCAUCCGCAACUUCGACUGCGAGGCCCACGACUACAACCGACGCCUCAAGCUGGUCAUGCAUCAGGACCCGGGUUCCCUGGUGGCCGGCAUCUCGAACCUGGCCGAAGUAGUCUUCCCCACCACCACCAUAACCUCGCUCAACAACUCCUCCUCCGGUUCUGGCGGCGGCGGCGGCGGCUUCACCAGCAGUGGCGGCCUCAGCUCGGCGUCCUCGGCCAACGUGCCAGGGCUGCUGAGGAGCAAGAGCGACCACCGAUUGGCGGCGCAGUUCAAGGAGCAGGAAGAGAUGCUGGCGAAGCAGCUGUUUGGCAGUGACGCGAGCAAGCGCCGCUACGGCGUCGCCGACAACGACCACGACUCGUCGCGGUCAGGCGUCCGAUCCAGGUACAGGUCGAGGUUCACUCGAGCUGCCCUCGGCGUGAACGACGACGACUCCGACUCGGAGAUGAACAACCCCAAGAGUCGGUGCCAGUCUCGGCCGGCGUCGCCGCAGCCGCCCCGGGAACGGGUUCUGGACACCGAGGACACGCCGAGUUACCAGCGAAGGGCAGCGUCGAGACAAGUGUCGGAAGAAGACGAGAUCACCAAGCAGAAGCGGAUGAAUCGACAGUGGCAGGAACAGCAAAACUCCGGCGGCGCCGUUGGCAACACUGCCUCGACGGCGGUGCCCAGCAGCACUCCGAGCACACCGACAACACCGACGACUGCCAGCACAGCACUCUCGUACCACCGAGACACUGUCGACUCUUCGUCCAACUCAAAUGCAGCAGCCAUGACAUCCGCGUCUCCGGCACACAGUCGACAGUCGUCGUCAGCAACCACGGCGUCCACCGACGGCAAUUCCGCCGUUUCCUCGCGCAAGACUUCGUCGUCCACCGACGCCUCUUCCACGACAGCGUCAGUGUCGAGAGCUCAACGAAACUCCAGAAAGGGGGGAAGGAAAAAGAAGCGUCGUCCUCUGGAUACAGGAGGAGGCCAGGUCGAGUGUCCCGUGGCGCGUCCAGAGCCUCAAGCCGCCGCCCGACUCACCGACUCCCUCUUCCAGCUCGACAGGAUUCUCGACGUCGACAGCGACAGUGGCGGCACAGGCCCCGGCACCGCCGCCACUGCGCACCGACGACGCGGCGCCGGUCCAGUCCCGGCUCAGGCGCUCCUCGUCGUCCUCCUCGACCGCUUCGUCGUCCUCCGCCGCCGCGUCUCCUGUCCGCAACACAGGCAAGAAUCGAAAUACAGAGCUGCGUUCUCCACGGAGGAAUUGCGAGGCCGGUUCGGGCGGACGACCAGCAGCGACAACAACAACGGAGCAGCAGCAGAAGCCACGACCGUCAGUUCCGCCAUCGGCAGCAGCAGCAAUAAUAACAACUCGACUUCCUCAGGCUUCCGGAGUCGUUUUUUAGGCCAAGCUUCAACUACUCACGGCCCGGUGGCGGCGGCGGCAUCGGGGGCCGGGCAGCAAACAAGGCGCUCGAGAGAAUCCGCGAGUAGCAGUGAAGAAAGCGACAGUGACAGUGACGAGGACCAGUUCGAGCGGCCACCGCCGUCGACAUCGACGCCUCGGCAGCGAGCCAUCGACAGGACUGACAUCGGGCCGCUGCUGGCGCGCAGUGCCAACGCCCGCUCGACAGCCACGACGUCGUCGUCGACGGAACCGGGUUCCUACUCGCGCUCCAAGACGGCGUCGAAUCUCUACUCAGGCACGAUGAGUAGCAGCAACAACGACUACCACCCGACGUCGACGUCGACGUCAUCGACGACGAGCAGUAGCCGGUACGAUUCGACGGACUCGACGACGUCUUCGUCCCUGGCGAGCAAGUACUACAACCGGUCCCGGCCGAACUUGUACGACUCGCCCGACACUUACACGCCGAGGGCGUCCGUCUACAGCCGCUUUUUAAACCGAAGUAAGAGCUCUGCUGCGAUAAACGACGACAUGGACCAUCAGCAGGGCGGCGACCAAGAGCCACAGCCGCCGCAGCAGCAGCAGUUAUUAUCAGAUCGUCCGCAUGGCGGCUCCCGGGAUGCACCAACGAUGAGGCAAGACUACUACCCUCCUUCUUCUUCUUCUUCUUCUUCCGCCCAUCUACUCGUGUCGUUGUCGCACUGCUGCUCAUUAUCAUCGUUCCCCUUGGUUUUCUCAAAACACGCGUUCAACCCGGGGUCCGCCCGCAACACGAGCUCUUCCUCCGGCCUCGGCGACACCCACACCAAUAGAACAGACGGCGGCGAAAAGAACCGAGAGCCGCCUAAACGCGUCAGUGAUGCCAACAGCGACGACGAUGACGACGACGACAGCGGCGUCGUGACGAGCCAAAAUGACGACAGGGCCACCAUGCUCUACCGCUCCGACGGCGUCGGCGAAAGCACGACCGUGACAUCAUCGAUGACGACCCCGUCGACGUCAGUUACGUCGACGGCAGCGACAUCUUUAUCGACACCCGGUGUCGACGGCGAGACGGAAACAUCGCAUCUCAGCUCCUGGGCUCGAUACUUGAAGAACAAGUACGGCAAUCGGGGCAGCGGGCCAGGCCACUUCACGUGGCCCCGAGGCGUGGCCGUGACUCCGGACAACCACAUCGUCGUCGCCGACUCGUCCAACCACCGAGUGCAGACCUUCUCCGAAUCGGGCCACUUCCUGUCCGAGUUCGGGGCGUAUGGGAACGGAGAGGCCGAGUUUGACUGUCUCGCAGGAGUGGCGGUGAACAGGAUCGGCCAGCUGAUCAUUUCGGAUCGUUACAACCACCGGGUUCAAGUGUUUGACCCGUGCGGCAGAUUCCUGAGGUCAUUCGGGGCCCAGGGGUCUGCCGACGGUCGCUUCAACUAUCCCUGGGGGGUCACCACCGAUGCCCUGGGUUUCAUCUACGUCUGCGACAAAGAAAAUCACCGGAUCCAGAGCGACGGAACAUUUGUCGGGAAAUUCGGAUCCCUGGGUAAGAAUCCGGGUCAACUGGAUUCCCCGCACUACAUCGCAGUCUCGUCCACAAACCGGGUCAUAGUGUCUGAUAGCAACAAUCACAGGAUUCAGGUUUUCGACGUCAACGGAAAAGUGCUCAACACUUUCGGCUCCGAAGGUAGUGAUGAGGCGCAAUUCAAGUUUCCCAGAGGGGUAGCAGUGGACGACCAGGGCUACAUUUUCGUGGGAGACUCGGGCAACAACAGGAUCCAGAUUUUCACCCCCGACGGUGUGUUCCUCCACGAGUUCGGGGCCUGGGGCUCGGGUUCUGGGGAAUUCAAGGCCCUGGAGGGGUUGGCAGUCACCACCAGUGGCAACGUCAUUGUUUGCGACCGGGAAAACCACCGGGUGCAAGUCUUCUAAUCUCCAUUUCCAGAAAUCCACCCCCGGCACCGAGAAUUUUCGCAGAGAUUUCCGAGCAAGAUGACCCCGACUGUGUUUCGUCGUCUUCCACGUCAUCGUCGUCGUCGUCGUCGUCGUCAUCAUCCGCAAUCGACGAUGAAUUGUUUUUCCAGCUCCUGGAAACGAACAAGAAGCACCGAGAAGAGCGCGCGAGGAGGUUUGAAAAUCGACACAAUACCCCGAUCACAGCGUCAACAGCAGGCGGCACCAACACCAACAACUCGUCACUCGUCGUCCCGGAAAAUGUCGUCGUCAAUGACGACAGCAGCAGCAGUAGCAGAACCACCACCAGCGGCAGGCUCCGAGGUUUGCAGUCGAAUCACACGAACGCGUCGAGGUACCGGGCAGCGAUUGCCAGCGGUGACACCAGCAGCAGAGUUUCCAACGGCGGCAGCAGCAGUAAUUAUAGCGGACAUCAGCGCCCGAUGGCGAGUGAGUCGACUCGACUCGCGUCCCGUCGACAGCAGCCAUCAGCAGCACCACCACUCGACAGCAAUCGACGGCGAAAUACUAGGAAUGCUGCUGCUGACGAUGACGACGACGACGACGAUGACAACAACAACUUCCGUGUGACUCUGCCAAGACUCACAAUCCCGGUUUUCUGCCAAGAAAACAGCACUGCUGCUGCUGCUGCUGCUGGUGGUGGUGGUACAGGCAGCAGACGCAAACCUCCGGAUACCACGAUGACGAAUGUUACUACGGCCACCAGCAUUGACUCGAACCGACCUCAAGUCGUCCUCAAUCAUCGUGUGUUGCCGCCACCAUCAGCACCACCUCCAGCAGCUGCUGCAGCAACAACUAGGACGAGACCGACGGAGAAUCGGUUAUUAUUGAGACGCCAAGCAGCGUCCGUCGACGAGACGUCAGGGCCCAGCAGACGUCAUCCGCAGCUGGCCUUAUUGCGACACCAAAACUCCGUCGACGAGACGACCCGCAGACGAGGUCGACCAUUAGCAGCAGCAGCAGGUGACUCGACGUCUUUGUCAUCGUCUCCGUCGAUUGGGUUAUCGAGGACGGACUUUGACCCGAAAAGCCCGACGAGCCCGAUGACCCAGUACGUGCGGAAAGUGCAGGACGCGGAAUUGCGCGACAGUGUUCAGAAAAUCCUCGCCACGUCUUCCCCAGCAUCGAUUCCAGCAAAUCCAGCAGCAACGACAACAACGAUGACGAUUUCCGCUUCUUUGCCAUCGCGUGUUUCGAUGAUGACGACGUCGUCGUCGUCGACGACGAGACCGACGAGACGAUUGGUGUCGGUCGCUUCGACGACGAGUCGACAGAGUCGCGAUGUUGGCCGCAAUUAUUCCGGCCGACCGUCGGCGACAUCUCUGGAGAGACGCGCGAAAAUCGGCUCUGUUUUUGCCAGCCGCCGUUUGUCCUUCUCCUGAUUCCUCUUUUCUCUCAUCUUUCGAGCAUAUUGUUCAUCCGUUGUUUUGAUCCCCCACCAAGAGAGAAAGAAAGAAAGGAAAAGAAGAAACAAAGAGUCGUCGGUUCAACAACCGUUUUCUUUCUUACCCUAAUUGUGUUUAAUUCAGAGUAAUUGGUACAUCGACUUCGAAAGAGGCAGAAGAGAGAAGAAAAAUAGCCACCUUUUACGACUUUCCGCGUGUCUGCGUGUGUGUAUAUAUGUUCAGUCGGCACAAUGAUAAUGGGUCUAUAAGAGAAAGCAACGAGACGACUUGCCAAUAAAGAUGAAAUGAGUUUUUUCCGAA